GACGAGUGUUCUGGAGUAGCUUAACCACAAUGAGAAUUAUUCUGUUUCAGCCAACGCCAAAAUGUGGUUGCUGUUAGCACUGGCAAGCUUGAUAUCUGCACUUGGAACAGCACACGGUUACUUUGGACAGUUAAAAAUUGAAAACCCUGAAGCAAACAUGAAUAUUAGUCAGAUGAUUUCUUACUGGGGGUACCCCAGUGAGGAGCACGAAGUCCUGACUGCCGAUGGCUAUGUCCUUACAGUCAACAGAAUUCCUCAUGGGAAGAAAGACUCAGAGAACAGAGGUCAGAGGCCAGUUGUAUAUUUGCAGCAUGGAUUUCUCACAUCAGCCACAAACUGGAUUUCCAACCUGCCCAACAACAGCCUGGGCUUCAUCCUGGCCGACGCCGGCUAUGAUGUGUGGAUGGGCAACAGCCGCGGAAACACCUGGUCCCGGAGAAACUUAUUCUAUUCACCAGACACAACUGAAUUCUGGGCUUUCAGCUUUGAUGAAAUGGCUGAGUAUGACAUUCCAGCUACCAUCAAUUUCAUUUUACAGAAAACUGGACAGGAACAGAUCAGCUAUGUUGGCCAUUCCCAGGGUGUCUCCAUCGGUUUGAUUGCCUUUUCUACAAAUCUGAACUUGGCAAAAAAAGUAAAGACAUUUUAUGCAUUGGGUCCAGCUGUCACACUGACAUAUACCAAAAGUAUUCUCGGCAAACUUUCUUAUGUUCCUAUGUUCAUCUUAAGGCUGAUAUUUGGUAAUAAAAUGUUCUUGUCAAACAACUUUCUCGAUAAAUUCAUCGCUGACCAAGUGUGUUCCCGGAAAGUCCUCAAUCGCAUCUGCAGCAAUACCUUAUUUCUCUUCUUUGGAUUCGAUGCCAAGAACUUGAAUAUGAGCCGCCUUGACAUAUACCUGUCGCAUAAUCCCGCUGGGUCUUCCGUUCAAGAUUUACUGCACUGGUGCCAGGUCAAGAAUGCUAAGAAGUUUCAAGCUUAUGACUGGGGAAGCCCUUCUCAGAAUAUGAUACACUAUAAUCAGCCCACACCUCCUGUCUACAAUAUAACGGCCAUGGAAGUGCCAAUUGCAGUGUGGAGUGGUGGCAAUGACUUGCUGGUCGACCCUAAGGAUGUUAACCUCUUACUUCCAAAGUUUCCUAACCUCAUUUACCACAAGGAGAUUCCUUCUUACAAUCACUUGGACUUUAUCUUCGCAGUAAAUUCCCCCCAAGAAAUUUAUAAUGAGAUUUUGUCUAUCAUGUCUAGUCAUAAAAGCUAGUUCUGGUUUUAAAGAAUCCCCCAUCAGUUUUUCAAAAUAUUUUUCUUGUCCACAUGCUUUUCUGCAAUGCUCUGACUUAAAGAUUCCUUCUGUAAUCUUGACUUGAAGGAUAAACUUACAUCAAUAAACUGCAACUUUAAAAGUUUAA